UAGCCACUGCGACUCCUCCCCUGCGUCCCGCUGCAGCACACUCUCACACCGUUUCUCACACUCGCUGGUCAGUGUAGUGGUCAGCCAUGUGGACGAUACGAUGUCCCCGUCUCCUUCUCCACCUCUUCCUCCUGACCUUCGUCAGCAUCACCUGUACGCGAACAGAAUCAGCGUUCGUUCUCAGAACCGUCACGCUUUACGUCAAACCCGCGAAAACGGUGGAGCGGGGAUCGGAGCUGACGCUGAUCUGUGUUGCCAAAGUCGCCCACUCUGGCAGCAAUUCUCCCCUCCUCCAAUUCAGCUUCUUUAAAGACUUCAUCAAGCACAACACCAUACACAUUGCACAGACCAACACCAGUGACCAAGUGACGUACACCAUCCCCAAAGCCCGGGCCUCCCACACGGGCACGUACCAGUGUGACGUGAGGGUGAUGGACCAAUACAAGGAAAGUUCUACUGAGGAGAUUAUCGUUAAAGGGCUGCAAAUUCCAGUGCUGAGUGUGGACAAGCGUUACGUGACUGAAGGUAACACCGUGAUGGUCACCUGUAGUGCGAAGGAAGAAUCCGGUGAGCUGACUUUCUCCAUUAAAGACGGCUCGAAGGAAAUCUACCUAGGGAGAUCCACCAGUGGUGAGGUGCAGAAGGAUUACUCCCACAUGUCUGUAGGGACGGCCAGGCUAUCCUGCUCAUAUUUUAUAAAUUUAGGAAGCAGAAUGCUUUCUUCAAACGACAGCAACGUGGUCAGCGUGGUUGUGAAAGAUCUGGAUUUCACGCCAACUAUCACAGUCCUCCCGUCAACGGAAGUCAUCGAGGGAGACUCUGUGCACAUCACGUGUCGUGUGGAAGGAAAAAACUAUAGCUCGUCUUUGCUCUCAUUAUCCAAAGGAUCGAAACUCCUUAAGACCGGAAAAAAUCUUGAAUACAAGACCGUCGUCCUGGCCGCCGAUUCCGGGAAGUAUGAGUGCAGUGCCACGGUGAACAACGUAGAAAAAAAUGUUUACGCAAAUCUUACUGUCAAAGAGCUCUUUUCCAGACCAGUGCUGAACAUCACCCCGGCCGAGGUGUUCGAGAGGCAGCAGUUUACUGUCACCUGCACAAGCUCUGAAUUUGCAUCAGAGAGAAUCGGACGUCAUGAUGUGAAGUACUCUAUCUACCGGAGCAACCAGGAGCUUAGCCUUAACUCAAUCGAUGGCACGUACAGAGCCAUGGCUCAUACUGAGACCAACGGGAAUUACACGUGUAAAGCUCACGUGAAUGACACCAUCAAAUGGAGCCGUUCCAUGUUCUUCACAGCAAAAGUUCUCGUCUCCAGACCCACCAUCACUGUGCUCGGCGAGGUGGUCCUGGGUCGACCUUUUCAGAUCGAGUGCUCCUCAGAGAACGGGAGUUUCCCCAUCACUUACAUACUGAAGCAGAACCAAAUGACACUGAGCAAAACCAGCGUAUCAGAGCCAUUACAGAAAGCCAUCUUUGCCGCCAGCAUACAGUCUGAAAAAGAAAUCGGCCAGUUCACAUGUGAGGCGCAGAACAACGGCGUCGAUUCGGCUCGGACGAGCGAUGCUCUUCUUGCGCCGGUUACAGUUCCUGUAGAGAAGCCGAUCUUGAUGACCCUCCCCGUGGCUGCUGACAUCACUGAAGACCACGAAGUCCAAUUCCAUUGCAUUGUUACGAAAGGAACUCCACCCAUCAGCUUUAAAUGGUACCAAGACGAGAACCAGCAUCCUGUACACACCGUUACGGUGAUGAAAAACCACUCCGCAUACAGUAUUUCCUCGAUGAAGAGCGUCAACGAGGGCAGGUAUUCCUGCGGCGCCUUAAACGGAGCAGGACAAGAGGAAGUGAGCGACUCCGUCCUGGUCACAGUGAGGAUGGCCAGGUGGAAGAAAGGCCUGAUCGUCGGCACGUGUCUGCUGUGCGUGACGGGGCUCGUACUCGCCGUACUCGUGAUGUACUACAGGGCUAAGCGAGGUAAACGAGAGGCCACAGUCAAGCUCUCAGUAAAGCCUGCGAUUCCCAAAAACGACGACUCAGUAAUCUCAUACCCAUGACACCGAGCUUUUUAGCGCUCCAAAAGUCCUAAAGACGGAGCGCCGCACUUUCACAUCAAGUGGACGAGAACGAACAAUGGAACGCAUGACGAUCCGACAUCACUUCCUGUUGGCACAAGUAACGGGGUCACCUGCAGGAUCCUGGAAAACGUGUAAACAUGAAAACAUGGACCACAAAAGAGCAGGAAAAAAUGCUAAACUCAUCUGAAGUUUUUUCGGAAACAUUUCACGAUCAGCAUUUAACAGAAAAUAAAGGUGGAAAUGACGUGAUAAAGGAAGAGGAAUACGAUCGACGCUACGUUUUUUAAAGCGACUGAACCCUGAUUAUGGAUGACCUUUUGGCUUUUUCUCAACUACGUGGUUUAAAGAAGUAUUUUUCCCUCAUCAUUUUAUCUCUCAUGAUGUUUUUUUUUAGCUUUCCACCACUUACUUCUUCAUACAGUUUCCAAAAAUCCAAAUAAAUUAAAAAGUCAUUUGAAAUCCAGUGACACACAUUCAAAUAGAAAUUUAUAGCUAAUUUAUGCUAAUUCACUUUCUCCCUUCAUUUAAAGGCACAUCAGUAAUUUUUUUAUUGCACUUGUCUUUUUGUUUACAUAUUUGUUCGUCUUUCUUGUAAAGUAGCUGAACUGAAGAUUUUUUUUUUUUAUGGUCCUCUGUUUGUAGUUUAUAGUCCUGAACACACACGUGUAUAAAAUACCAUAAAUAUAUCAUAAGAACAUCACAUUAAUAUAAAUAAAUCAUGCCUUAUUGUGGAAAUGUGGUCAUCCCUGCCUGGAUUACUUCAUAUGAUGUUAUUACAUUAUUGUUUUUCAUAAAGUGUCAAACCCUUAAAACAAUUUUAAUGAGUAUUUAUAAAUAUUUAUAAUUCUUAUUUCUAGUCUAUUUACUUUUAAUUCUUUUAAUGCUGGUGUU